ACUGAGUCAAAUGCGCGUAAAAGUUGUCCACUCCUCCUGCUCGUCCAUGAGCUCAUUUGGCUCCAGAUAUAAACACAGAGUUGUGUCUGUCCCCGCUGCGCUCCUCGGUCUCUUCACAACCAGCAGGCAGUUUGCUCCAACAGGCCGACCGACAGAAAGCAAGCAGGAGGGGACGAUCUCUGGCACAUUCCCCAGGAUGGAGGAUUCUCCAGGAUCCAAGCCAUCAGUGGCUGAGCUGGCUGGAAGGUUCAAAGGUCACAUUCUACCAAUGCCCACCUCAAAUAACGAGUUGUCAUUUCAAAGAAGACCUCCAUGUUCCCUAAAGUUGCAAAGUCAAAAAGAUGAUAAUGAAGAAUCCGAUCAGAAAACUAUUGUCUCACCAAAUCCCUUUAAAAUCAAGAUGAAGAACUCCUCCAUCAUUGAGAAACUUCAGGCCAAUCUUGCCUUGUCACCCACUGCUCUGCUGCCUUCACCCAAGAGUCCCGAGGCCAAACUCCAGCCAGCACCGUUGUCCCCGACCACACCCGGGAGCCCGCAGAGCCCCCUGAGCCCCACCCUGCGGCCCUCACAUCUGUCCAGUGAAGAGGAGGACCCAAUCAGCUUUGACAGCCCUCCUGAAGGCACCCCGCUGCCGAGCAUCAACAAGACUCGUGCACGGCUAUCAUUCAAAAGGCGCCCGCCCACGAGACAGCACAGGAGGUCAGCUGGAGAGGAGAGAGCCUCUGGGAUUGCUCUGUCCCCAUGUGAACUGUACAGCCCAAAAGAAAAUGGGGACACGGACCAGGUCUUCGAUUAUGGACCGCUGGAAAAUCUGAAAGAAGCUGAAGAGAAGGACAGGGACUGUGAAAAAACAGAGGAUGAGAUAGCAAGUGACCCAGAUGACAGCGGAGAUUCAGAGAAGGAGCCGGGAGCACAACAAGCCCAGAACUUUGAGGCUUCGGAGGAGGAACAGCAGCCUUCAGAGCCUUGCACUGGCCGGCAGAUGGAGGGCAAUGUUGAAACCAAGGGGAACGAGGAGAUUCCUCGGGACGAGCACCAAGGAGGAAAUGACACGGUGUGAACUGUGAAUGUUUUCUUUAAGAAAAAAAUAAGAAUAAGUUAUUUUCAGUGGUUUGAUUAAGAGAACUCUUAAAAUAACUCCUCAGAAAAAGUUCAUUGGUUUUAAAUUUCUUGGUACCUGAUCUUUUUAAGGCCCUGUAUCGCCCUCUCCUGGCCGUUUCCCUGAACAGGUCUAUAAACACUGGAGAGUUCGAAGAAGCAGCUGUUCUCUGCACAUGGAAAUAAGUUGAUACUGUAUCCAUUAUCAGGCAGAGGGAAUUUGUGUCAUAUUGUAUCAAGUCUGCAAGACCAGACUCCUGUUUUUAUGACCAAUAGCUUGUUUUUCUUUGCAAAUCAAAGACAUUGUUAAGAGUGCACUUCCAUAUCAGAAGUAUCUGUCAUGUACAAAGGACUUUGGAAAUACUGAAUGCUGGGUUGAAAAAAAUCUAAAUAUUAUUAAAUUUCAUAUAUACAUAUAUAUAUUUGCAGAUACAUACAAUGUUCUGGCAUCAUACCAAAUCCCUUUCACUAGGUUAAAAUGAUGUACUUUGCCUAUCUAGUUUUCCUUUGUAUGUCGGUCUAAUUCUCUGCUUGUCUUUUAUUUUGUAUUCUACAAAAUAUCACAGUGCUACUGUGGAGUGGCUCAGGUCCUCAGCAAUUAUGCACAGAAAUGUUAAGAAAAUAAACCGCUUCCUUCUUCUAUA